GACGACGAGCCCUUCGGAGGCCGCACGAGGUCAGACUGUGUUUCGAUCUAAAAUUCGACGUCUCGAGGCGUGGGGUAGAUGCGUGCCUGGAGAUCUAUCUGCUGCGGGUCUGCGAUCUUCGCCGCCGAUUCAGCAGGAGCAGGAGCAGGGGCGAGAGUAGUAGGAGGAGCUGCAUCUUCUGGAGCUUCGAGAUUCGGCGGGCAGUUUGUUUGUUGGUCGUUCUGGGUGCGGGGUUUUUGACAGAAUUCGGGAUCGCGCGAGAAGAUUUGAAAUUGAUUCGCAAGUUUGGAUCGAUCCGAUCGCGUUUGGUGGUGUAGAUGUGGGAUGUUUAUGUAGAGAGUGUUGUUUCCUGGACGAUGCGGUCGGGGAAUUAAUUUAGUGGCGGUGGAUCAGUGGCAGAGGUGAAAUCCAUUCGAAUUGAGGGUUGGAGUCGGAGGUGGUGAUCCGGGAGGAGUAGGAGCAGGGAUACAAGAAUGGGUUCUUUUAAAGGGCAUAUUCUGCCGGGGAGUUUGUUCUUGAUAGUGGGUAUUUGGCAUAUGAUCAAUUGCGUGUUGAAUUACGUGUCUCAUCCGAGAACUUUCAGGGGCCGAGCUUGGCAUCCCGUGCCCAAGGUGAAAGGGCGACUCAGAUAUCUGGAAUUGUAUGUCAUCAUGGUCGGAAGCUUCGUGGAUAUGUGCAUCGAGUUUUUCUAUUCUACUCAUUUCAAGUUUAUCGUCGAUGGUGCGCUGAAUCCACAUCACAUGAAUGAUUUUGAGCAUGCUGCCAUGCUUCUGAUGUUCUUCAUCUUUUCCGUUACUUGCUUCAUCAGCGAAACUACCGGGAUCUUGCCUCUCCCAGAAGGUGCACUAUACAUUUUUGCAGGCAUGGCAUUUACAGCCGAGUACUUAUUGUUCUAUUUUCAUUCAACCAGUCAUGCUGGCCUGGAAGGGCGCUAUCACCAGUUGCUGGUCAUCCUAAUUGGUCUGUGCAUUCUAGCCUCAGCACUGGGGUCUGCGUUUCCUCAAAGCUUUGUGGUGGAUAUUCUUGGUGGUAUGGCAAUCACUUUGCAAGGCACGUGGUUCUAUGAAACAGCUUUCGUUCUCUACGGACCCAAGAUGCCAGAAGGAUGCAGAGAGUUGCCACAGGGAAUCGUCUGCGAUACGCAUGAGCAGGAGAUGGUGGGGCAAUCCAUCGCUAACACUUCCCUCUCUAUCCACAUUAUAACUCUCCUGUGCAGUUUCCUGUUCUUUUACGCUUUGGCUGCUAGGUUUUGGGGCCACUCAGAUGUGUACGGUUUUCCACCUUCUAGAAGCCCUUCUAACCAAACAGAAAUAGACGAAGUGCAAUUAUAGCCUCAACAGUCGAGCAAAUUAUCAUGUUCUGCGCUACAGCUUCAGUAGAUUCUCCAUCUGUUGUGUAACACACAUACAGGAUUACGUGUUGUUAAUGUAACGUCACAUUGUCAUUGCUAAGAUGAAAAUUUCGUGUACAGCUACGUCAGAUUUAUCCCCA